UUGUCAUCAGUUUUUAUCAAAUUUGACAUAUUUUAGAUGCUGAUUGGGACAAAUUGGCUAGCUCAACUGGAACCUUUGCUCAGUACUUGUGCAAAAAUACUAGGAGUGUACUUCAAUUAUCAUCAAGAAGCAUACAGCACAAAAGGUGUGUACCUUCAUGAUCCAACGGCCAUGCUUGCAGCCAUUAAUCCUUCACUUCUCACUUACACGGAGGGUGCCGUCCGAGUUCAAAGAAACGGCAUCACACGAGGACUAACACUAUUAUACAACAAGCAGAAAAGGUUUGCUGAGAUCACGGAGUGGACGGAUCAACCCUCGGUGAAGGUGGCGGUCGCAGUCGAUGCACCUGCUGUUCUCAAACUGGUUAUGGAGAGGUUGAUGGACUGAUGAUGAGAAUGGUUGUGUUGUGUAUCACUUUGGAUAAAAUUGUUUAGCCCCAAGCCGGCUGCAUCUAGCUGUUAUUGCAUUAAAAAGGAGGUAACAAUUAAUCAAACAC